UAAGUGUAGUAAAGGCGCCAAUUUUGCCUGUCCGAGAAUGGCUUCAAAAAGAACUCUGCGCAAGGAAAAUGCUCAUUCUCUUCCAGCUUCCAGAUUACCAGUGCCUGCAAGAAACCAUAAAACUCUAACUGCGGUUGCGAGUUCUCAACCAGGUAAGAUCAAAAUUGUUGCGAAUGAAGAAGAAGUCCCACAGACAGAGUUGGAAAAACUGGACUCCUUGCGAACUCAACUCGAACAAUCAUUGGAUGAAUUCAUCAGAGCCAGGAAAAAGCUGGAGGAAAUAAUUCCAGCAGAGGGCAGCGGUGAACAAGAACGUUUACCCAUUGGAUCCAAUGCUGACCUUAGGACAGAGCUGAAGAGACACAGAGAGCUGGCACCCAGAGUAGCUUCAUCUUUGAAAGGAAAGGAAAAUCCCAACAAUCGGAGUCAAGGUCCUGUGGAGAUGGGCAGCUCCUACAAGUUUCUCAAGUCCAUUAUGGGCUGAGGUCUUUGUUAGCGAGGCAUCUUGCCCGUUGACAGCAAAUGGAAUUGCUCUUCACUUCUUGCGCGUAUGAUCCCAUGGAGAUGAGGCAGGAGAUGAAUGUGGAAUCGUUGCUGUCAGUUGUGUGGCCGAGAUGUCUCGGGGAAGCCGUCACUCAUUUCGCGGUAGAAGUGUCUGAAACAGUGUGUGUGUGUGGGGGGGCUGAAUUCUCUGACAUGUUAGACCCCCCUGUCUGCCCUCCGGAGCCUCUGCCGCAGCUGACAAAUGUUGAUUCUACAUUAACCACAAUGCUGCAACGCUGUGCAAAUAAUGUUCUUGCAGAUGGCAACCCUCAUCCCCUUUAUGGCAAAACUAUGCAAUCAUCCCCACAAGUGCAGUUUAACACCUUUUCAAAGUAAAGGUGGGGGGGGGAAGGAUUUGUCCUCCACGACACAGUAGUCUCUUUAUUUGGCAUCGCCUGGGAAAGGCUGCGGCCUCUCUCUGCCCAAGUCACCCAAAGCAACAGCUGGUGUUCGCAGCAACAUUUCCUAUUUCUGCCUAAGGUGGCUCGUGUAACUCUCACUUUAUCACCCUUAGAGGCCAUGUGAAGGACAAAGCCAGUACACCCAUAAACAGAACUAAUGUUUUGAUACAAGCCCCUAAGGAGGGUGAGAGAGGAAUCCUUUGUGGGGGGGGUUUAUAUACCCAAUUCCUGCCCAAAUCUAUUUUUAAUAGAUCUUCUUCCAACAAGACUAAUUAUUACUAAGAGAUUUUCUUGUGCAGUAUCAAUAUUCCCUGUGCCUGUCUGUAGUCCAGUGAUUCAACUAGUCCGAGGCGAGGUGGUUUCACUGUGGCUAAAUAUGGAGGAUGCUUUUUUUGUGUGUAUAGACAGACAGACAGACGACUUUAUAUAACUACAGUGAAUAAAAAAAGCAUUAGGUAAAUUCUUCGGGUUAGGGUUAUUGUGCAUUUUUGCAUUUGCAAACUUGUGUCAGACUCAAGUGAGUUCCGACAGAAGUGUUGAAACUCACUUGAGUCUUAGGCUGAGCAGUGUAUCCUCUUUACUAUUUUUGUAUUCAUGUAUAAUACCUAUUUUUAAAUGGUGGGGAAUGCUUACAUUUAACUACUACAUUUUUCUUUAUAGAUUAUAAGGCCCUUUUUUGUAUGAUUUAAUUUGGAAAGAAUGGACCAGAAAUGAUAAUUUUUAAUUGCUUUGUACUUUACAGUUUCAGAAGCUCACGUCACCUGUAGGAGUUACUUACCUCCCAUUUAAGAAGAGAAUACAUUACACUUUUCCCCUCACACCACUGUAAAUGAAUCAAGACUACGUUCUAUAAACAUGUUUAAUAAAAGAGCACACCAACACCUUU